CCCUUAAAACUAGAAGUGCUAAAGAUGAUCUAUGGAAGUAUCUUGUCUUGUACUAUAAAUUCUGGAAUACUCCUUUGCCACAAACACAUGCACUAUUAUUGUAGUACUUGCGGAUGGAUAUUGGAAUGUUAAAAUUCAAUCAAAUCUCAAAUUUAUUUCAACACCAUCUUCACAUGCCGUGAAGAAGUCUGAUCCCAAUCAACCCUCUACAGUUCUGGAAUACACUUGUCAAGCAAUCGUGAAGCAUAAACCCUGCGGAGCAGUGGGUCUAAAAUAAAGCGGAAAUUAUAUAUUUUUUCGUUCAAAAUUGUUAGUUCCAGUUAACGAAAUUUCGUCUUCAUUUAAUGACGGGAUGCAGUGUCUUCGUGUCGAACGGAUCAGAGCCUCAGGGAGCUCUUGGUGUUCUUUCCAGAGCGAAAAAACUGCAUUCCUGUAAGAUGAUUUCUGAGUGUAUUGCGGAUGUGGAAAAAGUCGGCCUGAAGGCAUACAGAUAUUUCCAGCCACCGACCCCUGAGCCACCGGUCAUCGUCGUCUGGACUUCCCACUGCGCCCACUGGGUGGGGGUCCUGGCUGGGCCCAUCAUACUCGCGCUUCUUUUCAAGCUUAUCUACGACACUAUCCAAAUACGAAGCGCAACAAAUGUUGGAGUGGAUCCGGCAGAAAAAUCGGAGCUUGCCAAAGGGGAAGGACUGGUGCCCGCAGAGCAGGACAUAGAGCGUCCUGCUGCUGCAGGGGCAGCCCGAAAGAAAGGUGGCGACGCAUGGUAUUGGGAUCCGCUUCGUGGAUUUAAUCUGCGUUGAUUUCGUUGCUAUUGUUGAUAUUGCGGCGAGAGGAAUCGGACACGGCGGCACUGAGCUCAGCUCAUCCCAACUGACGCCCGAGUCGUCGGAGUCCUCGGAUGCUUCGGAUGGUGGACUGACGUCUACCCCGGCAGCUGCCGGUUGUUGCUGCUCCGCCUGAUUAUUGUCGUUGUUGUUGUCGGAUCGGAAACGCUUCUCCUCCAAACCGAAGGCGUGGCUAUUCCCGUUAGCUCUGCGCUUGUGUAAGGUCUGGCGCUUGGCCGAAGGGGAUGAUGUACUACUGAUUUUGAUUGUGUCUAAAAUAAGAUUUAAGCCAAAACAAUUUCCACUUAA